AUGCAGAAUCAGUCUCACGUUAGCCAAACCUCCUUCAACUCGCACUCCUCCAUCCAGUCCACCUCGACCACUCGCUCUAGAGACACCGCCGCUUCUGCCACCACUCUCGUCUCCCCCGCCUCCUCAUCUGCCACCUUGGUGAACAAUGGCGGUCCUGUCGAGGCUGCCAAUAAUGUUCUCAACAAAAGGGGGGACAAGGAGCUAUCGCUCUUCCAGAUGUGUCUGACCCAGAGGCAGCGGCUCGCAACUGUUCCUGGGAUCGAGGAGAUCCUCUUGGCCGAAGAAAGCAGCGCUGACGAUGACACUGACCCUGCGACGCUGUUAUGGAGGACGUACAGAAAGGGCUAUCCGCUGAUGGAAAUAUACAACGCCAUGAACCCCGCUGUGCGCCUCGAGAUAGAUCCUGUCAAAGUCCCAAACCCGGCGAGAAGACCACACGCCGCGACCUCCAAAUUCGUGACUGCCUGUAUCACAGAGUUAAAGUUUGGCUUGGAAGACCGGUUCAUAAUCGCAGAUCUAUAUGGUGACGAUACCACAGGCUUCGUCAAGGUUGUAAGAGUUGUCAACAAGGUCUUGGACGUCCUUGAGCAAAAGGGUAUAAUAUUGCCACCUGAAGCGAUAGGAGACGAUGGAAAUGCGCCGUUGACGGCGAAGCGCACACAGAGAGAGCACAUUAUUGACGAGCUGGUCAAGACUGAGCGCACGUAUGUGCAACAUCUGGAACUACUUCAGGCUUUCAGAACACUGGUCGAAGAACGUGGUGUGAUUACCGGCGAUGCUAUUCACGACAUAUUCUUAAACCUGAAUGCACUUCUUGAUUUUCAGCGCCGAUUUCUGAUCCGUGUGGAGCAGACCAAUGCCAUGCCUCCAGCCGAUCAGAACUGGGGCAGAUUGUUCGUACUGUACAAGGACGCAUUUCGAGUGUAUGAGCCUUAUAUCGCCAACCAGAAAAGAUGCGAAGAAGUCGCGAUGAAGGAAUAUGACAAACUGCGAGAGGCUGGAGGUCCACCAGAGCUGCGACAGAUUGCCGAAUCCCCCACAAAUCUAACAGCUUUUCUGCUCAAGCCAUUCCAGAGACUGUCAAAGUACCCUCUGCUCCUCCGAGAACUCCGUAACAAGGGCGAUAUGGACGACGCAAGGAAAGCAGAAAUCACUAAUGGUAUCGAAGCUGCCGAGACUGUACUGCAGGCCACCAACGAGGCCAUAGACUACGAGGAGCGCAAGGAAGCCGUGGAAGAGCUGAAGAGACUGGUCGAGGACUGGAAAGGCCACAAGAUCGAAGUCUUUGGCGAGCUCUUGCUCCAUGGCACUCACACUGUAUUGAAAGGAGACAGUAUCAAUUCGAAAGACGGCGAACGAGAGUAUCGAGUCUAUCUUUUCGAACUAAUCCUGCUCUGCUGUAAGGAGAUAAAGCCGAAGCAGCAAAAGAAUAUCAUGAACAACCGCAGCACGAUAGACCGGAAAGGGAAAGGGAAGCUUCAGUUGAAGGGCCGCAUUUUCAUGCAAAACGUAACGGAGACGAUAUCGAUUGGGAAGCCAGGCUCGUACACUUGUCAGAUUUUUUGGAAAGGCGAUCCUGGCAUUGAAAACUUUGUUGUCAGAUUCUCGACCGAGGAGCAGAUGAAGAAAUGGGCAGCCCAGGUCGACAAACAGAGAAGGCUCUGGCGUGAUUAUGCGCGGAAUAGCAAUCCUCGGGCAGUGCCAGCAGCGAUAUCAGCGACAGAAUUCACAUACAUGAGAGAUCAUCAGAUGGAAAACCCCUACCAACAGAACGACGAUGAUGAUGACGACGAAGACGAAGAACCAGAAAGCUCUUUCCCACAGUCAGAAUACUCGAUGAGUCGCAACGGGUCCAGCACCAGUCUUCGUUCUCGAUCUACGACUGGCGAAAGUGGACCUCCUAUGGGAUCUGCGGACCCCCGACUUCCCCCAGCGAGGUUCCCGAAUCCGAUCCCCACUCAGCAGCCGUCUCUGACACUGCGGACGCAACAACUCCAGAAUGCGGCAGCAUCAGCAGCCGCCGCAGCAGUGGCACAGGACUCGUACUUUUCACCAGUCGCAGAGACGCCUGCGUCAUCACGCACCAGUUCGUCCUCUGCAGGAAUGUUCCCGUUUCCUCGUCAGGGGACACCUGGAGGUGGUUACUAUACAGAGCACAAUCGAUACACUGCCCCAGCGCCGGGUGGCAUGGCUCGAGAAGCACGCAGUAACAUGCAGAAUAGACCUUCACUGCCAGUCACACAAUCACAGCAGGCGAGGUUCCGAUCAGCUAGUAGCCCCGACAUCCAGAAUGCUGCUCGACGCCCCAUUGAGCAAGCACCACCGGUACCACCGUUUCCCACACACGAGCACUAUCAACGUCAACUCAUGAUCAACCGGAGCCAAAGCAAUUCACCGAACCAGCCUACCAGUCAUCCUUCGAAUCCUGCCAGGACACAAUCGCCUGGUAUGACAACAGCGCGCGCUGGUCCUGGGAUGCCCUUUGGACGAGGACCAGGUAUGGGGCCGGGGACGACGGGCUUCUCUCACGGAUCAACUCCACCACCACCGAUGCCGACACCGACGCCUCAGCCCUUGGAUGACGCCCCCAUCUCUCUCAAGGUCAAGGUUCACUGUCCCGGUGGCACGAGCCUGACACUGGUUGCAUUUACCAACAUCACUUUCCAAUCACUAAAAGACCGUAUCGAUGCGAAGCUCCAGAGAUCUACCAAACUAUCUCUUACGUCUGGCGACGUCACGCUCAAGUUCCUGGACGAUGGCGAUUACGUCAGCAUACACUGUGACGAGGACGUACAGACAGCAUUUGAGACGUGGCGGGAGCAGCAUCAGCAGGCACAAAUAAUGGCAGGGCAGUCACCCGAGAUUGACCUUUUCUGCCAAUAA